AUGGGGAAUGCCCGGCGGAGGGAACCUAGACCUCGUUCAUUGGCGCAGUCAAACAGUCAAGUGACUGCUUUGACAGCACAGGUGGCCGAGCUUCAGGGUCAGAUAGAUGUGGAUGAUUCAAGAGUGCCGAAGUGCACCUAUGGUGCUGGAACUUUAAUGCUUAUUUUGUCUUCAACUACUACUUUUGAUUGGGUGUCCAACGAGUUGUGUAGUAGGUUUAAGCUUAAGUUAGGUCAUUUUGAGUUGAAGUACUCUUUUACGGAUUGCUCCAAUUGUUUAUUGGAAUCGGAUGAUGAUUUGAAAAUCAUGUUUGUGGCUGUUCCUAGGAAUGACAAUUUUGCACAAGAUGAGGAUACAUGUAAAAAUUCAAGUGUGGCUGGUAUUGUUGAUUCAAGUGCAGCUUUUUCUUCUUGUUUAAGUAUGGAUUUUGAUGGUAUUAGCAGUGAGUUUGGAAAUGAUUAUUUUGGCAUAUAUGGUAGUUAUAGAGGUCGUAAGUAUUUGUCUACUGAUUGGGAGUGUUAUAUUACUCAUGAGGGUCAGAAGUUUGAGGGUGGAGUUUGUGAAUUCCGUGAUAAGUUGGCUAAGUACUUGAUUGAGAAUGAUUUUAAGACAAAGUAUUUGAAAAAUGAGCUUCGUUGUGUUACUGUCGUGUGUGCUAAGAAGGAAUCAAAUGGCUGUAAGUGGCAUGUGCAUGUUGUUAAGUCCAAUGUAAAUGGAUUUUUAUAUAUUAAGAAUUUAAAUAACGUACACAGUUGCAGUGGUUUGAUCCGUGAGAAGAGAAAUAAGGCAAUGGGGUGUCGUUUGGUAUCUUCAAUUGUUAAAGAUAAAGUUCGUAGCAAUCCUUUGGUAAGGCCUAUUGAGCUCAUUACUAAUUUGAAGGAUAAUUAUGGAUUAGAUAUCCCUUAUGAUGUUGAGUGGCCAUCAAUGUCGGAUCUCAUUGUGUGCUUGACUGUGGCGAAGAUGGUUCUCGUUUCCAGUAGAUCCUUGUAUGUUUUAAGGCCUCCAUUGAUGGUUUUCGAUGGUGUAGGCCUAUACUGUUCAUUGAUGGUAUUCCCUAUUGCCUUUGCAAUUGUAUCCAGUGAAACUGUGGACAAUUGGAGGUGGUUUAUGCAAAGGAUAUCUGAAGUCUUGGUGGUGCUAUUAUCGAUGUUGUUAAGACUGUUUUUCCUGCUUCUGCCCGUGGUUUUUGUCUAUAUCAUGUGA